GCUGCGCAGCGGCCCCCCCGGUCAUCGCUCUCCACCCCCUCGGGAGCCAUCAGGACAGCCGCCGCCCGCGUGUUGCGUGGUUUGCUUCGAGCCCCAGCAUCCCAGCCAUCCAUCUCGCCCCGUCCUCGCUCGUCCGUCCGUCACCACCAAGGCACGCCCUCGUUGACGGCUUGGGCUCUGCGACACGCUUUCCCCCCGUACAUACAAUACACCCGUCCUUGCGUACAUGCCGGGGCAGUACACAUAAUACAGUCCCUUGCCUUGUCUUCAACCCACAGCGUGCAUACAGAGCACAGCAGGCGCCGCUCACGCCUGCGAGACCGCUGCGGCCGUCGAUUCAGACCUGACCUGGCCUGGCCUUCUGCCCGCGCCUCAAGCCAUCGUCCCAUCCAACCAAGCAGUCGUUCGUCGGCCUGCCGAACCCACUGCCAGCCUCUUCCGCGCUGCUGUUUCUGCCGCUGCCCAAGUGUCGCCACGCCCAUUUUGGUCCUCUGCACAAUCGCUCCUUUCUGCCCCUUCCCUUUUCUCGUGUGCGUGAGUCGCCCUCGAGCCGCAAUCCGGGGUACUGGCAACAGUGUUGUGUCCGUGUCUCUCGCUGACGCCGACCCUGUCCCAGACCUUUCUUCUGCCGGCCUUCCUUCGCCCCCCCCCCCGGAUGUCUUGACGUCGACCAGUCAACGGCAAAAGCAUUUCGACAACACCAGGAUCGCAUCCUCCAAUCUGAACAUCUCCACACGCCCGGUCGUCGGCACGAUAUAGUCGACAGAGGAGACGGCGUCCCCGGUGCAUUGCUGGACCGUGGCCUCGCUGCCAUUGUCGUCCUAGGCCAGUCACCAAGAUGGGCGUCGACACCAAGAAGAAGGCACCGCCACUCCCCGCUCCAACCGAGACCGAUACGACCACGCCGACAGAAGUCGCCACCGACAUCUCCAAACCGGGCGACGAAAAGUCUUCGUACUCGCUUCCCGAGGACGGCACACCCGUCACAAUCCGUACCCGCGGCCACAAGUCGAAUCGGUCGCAGACCUCGCUCCUGAUCGAAUACUUCGAGGGGGGCAAGGCAGGGUCGGGGUCGGAUCGCAAGCCUAGCGUUCGCGUGCGCUUGACGCCUUCCAAGAAGAGCAAAGGCGAUCAUAUCCAGGUGACGGAGACCAAGGGCACUCGCAAGGCCUCUCUGACCCGCCGCAUUCCCCUCGACGAGGCGAUCGCGUCUCGCGAGAUCCAACUUGGCGGUGAAGGCGGCGACGACGCUCAUAGCAUGACCUCGUAUGCGUCGGCGACCGAAGAGUCCAAUGUCUCGAGAAAUCCGAUUGACAUUGAGAUUGACCGGAAUCGUCGACGACGGCGCCCAGCGAGCCCGUUGAUUCCCACCGGCGAGACGUAUCAGCCGGGAAACCCUUCUGAAAUUUCCGCCAUCCCGACCGACAGCUUUCUCGAUGGCUCUGGCCCUACCGGUGAUCUUAAGCGAUCUGCGAGCCCGUCGCGGGCUGGUGACAGCAUCGCCGCCGCAGCAGCAGGAGCGCUAGCUGGCGCCGCCAUGGGUGAGAUAAGCAGCAACAAGCCCCGUGGCAAGGAGAGGGUCAAGAUCUCGGACAGCAGCACAAAGGAAAAAUCGUCCGACCGGAAAAGGCGUUCUAAAAGUAGAACAAGCAGCAUCAGCGAACCCGCGGUAGACGAAGCUCGGUCGUCGCGCCGUCGGUCAAGCCGUGGCCAUCAGGAAUCCAAUGUGUCGGCGGCAGAUUCCAGUGUCUUGUCGUCUAAUCUCUCUCCGAGCCACCGCUCCUUCGACACGCGAUCCAUGCGCUCCGGCGCAUCCAAAUCGUCGAUUAAUAACCCCAAGUUGUUGGAGACUGUCGAAGACGCCAUUCGAAGGCUGAUUUUGCCCGAAUUGAGCGCUCUCAAGCGGGAGCAGAGCAAGCGCGAAGCUCGGCGCAGCUCUCUGACGUCAACUGGCACGUCGGCAUCCAGGGAUGAUGUCUCCACAGACCGGAGGCGGUCUUCGGGCGGCCACCGGAGCGAGCACUCUCGCGACCCGUCUCGACAUAAAGAGAGGAGGAACCGGGAGGCUCGGCAUGACCUCGACGAGGCAUCGCUACGCAGCGCGAGUCGCGACUCGAUUGACGCAGAGUAUCGCGCGCAUGAUGGUGAUGCGACCACCCCAAAACGCAGUAACAAUCUGCUCAAGGUCGCCGCCGCAGGUGCCGCCGGAGCGGCGGCGGCCAAGGCUCUUUCCUCGACCAUGGACAAGUCGGAUUCUCCAGAUAGGACACAGCGCGAUCGACGUCGACGGCGCGCUGAGUCUGCAAGAAGCCGCAGCUUGGGGCGUGAUCUCUACUCGGAAGAGUACGACGAUGAUGACGAUGAGAUGGCGCCGGCGCCUCCAAUGCCGCUCAUGAGCGACAUUAAUCCAUCUGAGUUGACACGUACAUCCAUCCUUUCAGCCGACACUGAUAGACCUCACUCUGCCAGCGAGGAGCUCGUCUCUGGUCACGAUGCUGCUCGUGGACUGGACUCUCCCGGCUCAACGCCUACCAGAGCAAGAACUCCAGCAGAUCUCCAACACACCCUGGGAACGAAACACGCCAACGUCUCUCACGGUGAUCUGAACGCGCUCCCUAGGGGCCAAAAAGGCUAUGUGCAAGAAUAUGAAACUGAUGAGUUUGGCCGGAAGAUACCCAUUGGCGACUAUGAAGGCUAUGAGCGCAGUCGAAACGUGCCCGAGGACGAUGACUACCCUGAGGACGAUUUUGAGGAUCGCUACUACAGCCAGCAGGACGUUCCUCCGCCGCUCAAGUAUGUUCCAUAUCAAGCUGGUGCUCGGGGACUUAGCCCCAUUCCGAGCGUAUCUGGAUACACCGAGGGCGGAAGCGAGGCCCAGCGCCCCCUGAGCUCCCGCGACGUGCAUUCGCCCAGCGCCUUUGCUUCUCCAGGCAAGUCUCCCGAGCAAGGGCGUCAGCUCAGAUCCGCCCACUCCCAAGACUCGGUUCCAAGCAAUAUGAGGAGCAGCGAGUCCGAUCAGGCCUCCGACCAUGGCAGUCACGAGCAAACCGCGGCGGGCCAGGCAGUGCGAGGGCUUGGUGCGAACCCCGACUUCGUUCAUCCGCCAAGCGGUGUAGAAUCGGCGGUCGCGUCCUUGGUAGAUGGCUCGAUGCUAGAACAGUCGGUGUUGACUGGAUCCGGCUACGACUACAACGGCCAACGCGACUCCAUGAUUUCCGACGAAUUUCACAGCAGAGUUGACCGCAGCAGCGCGGGUGACAGCCCGGGCAAGAUGUCCGCUGGUAGCUAUCAUGGUGCAGGAGAGGAACUGAGGGCGGCAACGCCAGGAUCUCGGUCGCAAGCCCAGUCGCAGGACUAUUCGGAGUACGAAAUCGAUGAGCAUGGUCAAAAGGUGCCACGCACCAGGUACCGACACUCUCCUACGGCAUCUGAGGCUGCCAUUACUGCCGGUGCGGUCGGGGCUGCUGCGGCAGCUCUCAAAGCAGCACAAGAGAGGAGACAGGCGACAGUCGAGGACAGCGCGGACGAAGUUUUCCAGCCUGCCGGCGUGUCUCGUAAUAAGUCUUUCAAAGAGCGGACUACACAGCACGGCUGGGAGCCACGAAACACACCAGCUCACAGCGUAGACAGGCUCGAUUUCGAGGACCAGCCGAAAAUGGCUGCUAGUGGCAUCCCCGACGUCAACAGUCCUAUGCCUGAGAUUGGUUACAUGGACGAUGAUUUGCAGACGAACCCAUCAGUUGUGGAGGAGCGACUGGACGGACGCCGCGAUGGGCAUGACUGGUCUGGCAGAGCAACGCCAACACAGCGUGACAUUGAUGGCUACGAUCGAGAUGGCCACGGCACGGGCGGUGGACUGGGAAUCACCGAGGUCGCCGGCGCUGCAGCCUUGGGCGCAGCUGCUAGCAUGGCUGCGAUACAUCACAAUGAGCCUGAGGAGCACGACGAGUGGCAGCGAACAUCAGAAGAGCGUAAGCGCGAUACUCUAGUCACGAAUCCCUACGAAGACGCAAGCCCGAUCGCCAACCCGGCUCUCGAUGAGACGAUACUAAGCGGCCGUGGACUGGACGCCCAAUUCCACACCGGAAGCCCUGGCUUCGGGCAAAAGUACGACGAGGGCUACAUGUCGAAUGGCCCGGUCCGGACACCGGACGUUGAGCCGAAGGGCAAGGCCAUCGACUUCGGCACAGGCGCGAAUUUGGGCGAAGAUCCAUUCUACUCACCCCAGGGGCAUUCGCGCCAUCUGAGUGGCAUGUCCCAAGGCAUGGCCUCGCCGUUUUACGAUGCUGCAACGGGUGCUGGUAUCGAGCGUAUCGAAAACAAGGACAUUGUCGCCUUGAUGCAGCAUCUCAUGGUGCGCGACGCCCAGAGAAGCGCAAGAGACACGGAGAUCGUGGCGCUGCUCAUGAACGCCGCGCUAGAGAUGCGCAAUUCAUUCCGGGAGAUGAAGGAGCUGGUGCAGGAUACUGGCGACGACGUCAUCUUUGCCAACGUCGAGAACACGGACAAACUCCAGAAGGCCAUUAACGGACCCAGGCCGUAUCCCGGCGCAGCGUCCCGGUCCAUCCAGAGUGGCUCCCAGGCCGGCACUAUCGAUGACGUCGCGGCCAAGAAGAAGAACAUUUGGCGGCGGGCGUUACAGGGUCUCGGUGCCAAGGGAACAAACGACCUCAGCCGCAUCGAAGACAUGCUUAUGCAGCUGCUCGGUGAGGUUGACGUGCUGAAGAUGCAGACGGCACAGCCGGUGUCUACCGGCGGCCCUGGCCAGUCGUACGAGAACCUGCAGCCGGAGGCCCAGUACGAACAAGACAAGGGCUACGAACCGGAGGGCAUCUCAACGGCCAGUCAUGCCAGCCAGUCGAGUCAUUUGAUCUCGUCUCAACCCAGGACUCUGGCUCCGCCUUUCGCAGGGGAACGGCGGGCAGUCUCGGAUCACCGGAUCAGCACCGUGGAGGAAAAUGAGGAGGAGUAUCAGUAUGAUCACCCCAGCCCCUCCGCGGAGAGGAUGAAGGCCAACCUGCUCUCCCCUGGGCGGCCGGAUCAGGUGCAACGAGGCGGGUCUGUGCCGCCAGAGACUCCGCCACAGCUUGUAGACAGGAGCGAUCAGCAUCCACAGAGUGCCGAAAACACCCCCCGGACAGAGAGGGGAAAGAAGCACAAGUCUAGCAGCUCUUCUGGAUGGCUGCCUAAGAUCUCUCGCUGGUCAGAAACGACGACGUCAAGCGUCGGGCGAAUCCUCCGCGGCAGCGGAGGCAAGAAGGGAGGGCCAAAGUAUGACGAGUUUCAACCGCCGUCACGGUCUGGCUCCAGUCUGGCAUCUUACGAAGACAACUAUAGGCAUGACCCAUACGACGACAAGCUGCACACGGGCUUCUCGGACCAGAAUCUCAUCCCCGAGCCAUAUGGACGAGAUGAAGGCCCGCCUCCGACAUCCUUCCAGACGCCAGAAGACCCCAAGUACAAGGCGCACAGGAACUCUGUAAACCUUCAGCACCCUCAACCCAGGCCGGGGCAGACGGAGCGCUACCGGACAGCCUUGGAGACGUCGGCUCAAGAAUACAGCAACAACCUGACGACGCCGAGGUCGGCAGACUGGGCGGGCUCGGCCACUAGUCUCAACCGGCUGCCUACAGGCACGAAUAGGCAUAGCACCACGUCGUCAACUGCAGCCGCAGGAGCGGCCGCUCAGGAGGCAGAGCAUUGGCACUCAUCGCCGGGGCCACCACGGCCACCCAAAGAGCCUAUCGGCAGCCCUCUGACGCAGACGUCUCCGAGAUCUGCUGACAUGACGAGACUCAAGGAGGGCAGUCCGCCGGCGCAGCAAAGCUCAGAGAGCGGCUACGGGACACUGACGGCUACGCACCUUAGCCAUUACUCCGGCAGCAGCCCCAAGCUGGAGAACAGGAAUCUGAACGCGGCACUGGGCGUGCCCACGCGGAGACCUACCGGACCGCGGGCAAUGACGCCGAGGCAUCCCGAUGAGGAUGCUGCGAGAGAAGAGAGGCGGCGCAAGCGAGACACUUUUGGCACAGUGGCGAGCGAGGACACGGACACGUUCUGAGGCGCCGUUGAGGUGUAACUCCCGAGGCAAGGUUGAACACGGAUUACAAUUUGCAAAGGGCGAGGCGACUUGCCGGUAUAUACAAUGCACAUAAGGAGCUGGCUGUGCUCGAUCUGCAUGAGGGGUUUGACUGCGAUGAGAUGCGACGUCUGAUCUCGCACAUGUUUUGCUGGCUUGCGGAGCCGUUUUGUUCUCCUUUUCUUAUGACGAUACGACUCAUGGCUUUUUGGUUCUAGAGCACAGCGUCGAUUGGUCAUGUAGUAGGCGGGUGGAUGGCGGUCCUCGCAAUGAGGUAUGACGGAGAGAGGAGGAGGGGGGAUGACCAUAUAUCGAUAGCGAGUGAAGAAAAGUGGACGGUUGAACAAUUAAUGUGAUUGAUGAAGAGAUGAAUCGUGUCUAAAUUUCAAGAAGGAAGAGUCUCAAUGAGAAGGGUGUCAAUGAGACGAUGAUGGAUAAAUGCAG